CUGACCCCCACAAACCUGAAAAGAGGAAGCUUAAUUGGCCAGCCACCUAGCUCUGCCUGUGUUACAUUGAGGAGGAGCUGCUUAGGAGAAGAUGAAGCCCUUGUCCCUGUUAAUAGAGAUAUUGAUAAUUCUUGGGGUCACAAUUAAAAAUAUUGAGGCAGAAAAACAUAAUAAAAACCAAAAAGAAAGAAAUGUCACCACACAGGUAUCAAUGAAUGAAAUCAAACAAUUUUUAUCGCAUACAUUGGAACAAAGAAAAUUGAAUAAAGUAAUCAAUAAAAGAGAAACUCUCUUAGGAAAAAAGAAGAAUCAACGUAAAUUAAGAAUAAAAGGAAUUCAAAAUAAAGAUCUUUUGAAAAGAAAUAAAAGUCAUUCAAAAAAGCCAGCAAAGAAAAAUUUCACAGAUGAAGGAGAUCAGCUUUUUAAGAUGGCCAUCAAGAUUCUCCAGCAGUCUAGAAACCAAAAACAAAAAGAAGAAGCCUACAUACUGUUUGCCAAAGCAGCUGACAUGGGAAAUUUGAAAGCUAUGGAGAAAAUGGCUGAUGCUUUGCUAUUUGGAAAUGUUGGCACGCAAAACAUAACAGCAGCUAUCCAAUUAUAUGAGUCCUUGGCUAAAGAAGGAUCCUAUAAAGCCCAAAACGCAUUAGGAUUUUUGUCUUCUUAUGGAAUAGGAAUGGAAUACAAUCAAGCCAAGGCACUGAUAUAUUACACCUUUGGAAGUGCUGGAGGAAGCAUGAUGUCCCAGAUGAUUUUGGGGUACAGAUAUUUGUCAGGAAUCAAUGUUCUACAGAAUUGUGAAGUUGCGCUAAAUCAUUACAAGAAAGUGGCAGAUUAUAUUGCUGACAAAUUGGAAAAAAGUGAAGGUAUUCCAGUGGAAAAAGUGAGACUAACUGAGAGACCUGAAAAUCUGAGUUCUAACAGUGAGAUUUUGGAUUGGGACAUAUACCAAUACUAUAAAUUUUUGGCAGAAAGAGGAGAUGUUCAGCUACAAGUAUCUCUUGGACAAUUACAUCUCAUUGGGAGAAAAGGUCUAGAUCAGGAUUACUACAAAGCAUUAUAUUACUUCUUAAAGGCAGCAAAGGCCGGGAGUGCAAAUGCCAUGGCAUUUAUAGGAAAGAUGUAUUUAGAGGGUAAUGCUGCAGCACCACAAAGUAAUGCUACUGCCUUCAAGUACUUUUCCAUGGCAGCCAACAAGGGCAAUGCAAUUGGUCUUCAUGGGCUCGGUCUUCUUUACUUUUAUGGGAAAGGAGUUCCCGUGAACUAUGCUGAAGCACUUAAAUACUUUCAGAAAGCUGCAGAGAAAGGAUGGCCUAAUGCACAGUUUCAGUUAGGAUUCAUGUACUACUCUGGCUCUGGAGUAUGGAAGGACUAUAAACUUGCCUUCAAAUAUUUUUACUUGGCAUCUCAGAGUGGGCAGCCCCUCGCCAUUUAUUAUCUGGCCGAGAUGUAUGCAACAGGAACAGGAGUGUUAAGAUCGUGCAGAACUGCUGUGGAGCUUUAUAAAGGUGUCUGUGAACUAGGCCACUGGGCUGAGAAAUUCCUGACAGCAUACUUUGCCUAUAAGGAUGGUGAUAUAGAUUCUUCUCUUGUUCAGUAUGCACUACUUGCAGAAAUGGGGUAUGAAGUAGCCCAAAGCAAUUCAGCAUUCAUUUUGGAAUCUAAAAAGGCUAAAAUUCUUGAAAAAGAGAAGAUGUACCCAAUGGCACUUCUCCUAUGGAAUCGAGCUGCCAUUCAAGGCAAUGCGUUCGCUAGAGUAAAAAUUGGAGAUUACCAUUACUAUGGCUACGGGACUAAGAAAGACUAUCAAACAGCAGCUACACAUUACAGCAUUGCAGCUGACAAAUACCACAAUGCACAAGCCAUGUUCAAUCUGGCCUACAUGUAUGAACACGGUUUAGGUAUUGCAAAGGACAUUCACUUGGCCAGGAGAUUAUAUGAUAUGGCUGCUCAAACAAGUCCAGAUGCUCGCAUACCCGUGUUCUUUGCCCUCAUGAGACUGGAAACUGUGCAUUUGCUCCAAGAUAUCCUGUUUUUUAAUCAGUUUACAAUGAGACGGAAAUGGAAGAAAUUGGACAACACCCUUGGACCGUACUGGGAUUUAUUUGUGAUUGGCCUAAUUGUUGCUAUGCUGAUCUUCUUGCUUAGAAAUCGCUACCGGUAGGAUCUGGAUAAGGAAAACCAGUUCACUCUGAGGUAUCCUCACUAAAUAAAGAACUUCCUUGUCAAACUCAAGAGUCUACUGAAGAUUUCCCACACAGGCCUGUGAUGAAAAAUGGACAAAGCUUGGGAUCUAUCCUCUGAGAAACAAUUUCAGGCUUCCUGCUUGGUUGAAGUGACCACUAGGGUAGGGGGUGGGAUGCUGGAGACUCGUCACUUAAGACUUCCUUACAAACCUGCCAUCUUGGUGAGCUGGUAUUGACAUAGAGAUAAAGACCACCCAUUUUCAUAUUGUUAUAACAACUUCCCCCCUUUCCAGAGGAUAAAUGGGUUUCUGGGUUCCUACAGACACACUGAGGUAGGAAAAGGGAGUUUGGGGAGGGCAAGAACACAGAUCUCUUGGCAUUGGAGAAAGACCCAGAUUACGAAUGGACUUCAUCUUGUGGGAAUGCUCCUAUAAACCACACUGUAGUGCUAAUGAGCAGAAGAAGCUCCUUAUGGCAUGCUGUGCCAGAGGGACUGACUUGGACUCCUCACUGAGGUGCAUUUUAUCAAAGCUCCUUUAGUAGUUGUAUAGUGAACAACGCCAUUUGGGGUCUGACCAGCACUGUACUCCUCUCCUCCAUCCCUUACUGGAACCCUGUUCUACCUAGGAAAUCCCCUUUGAGGUACCCAUAGAAGGAGAUGGUACCAGCCUUCUGGGACAGAAGCUAAAGGGCCCAGUUCUGUCUCCCUUGAUAGGCAAAGCAGGGACUCAGGGCUGGGGGGCAGGGGUAGGUAUGGAGCGUGCAGGAGGCCCACGACUUAUGUCAAGACCCAGCUUGAAUUCCAGCUUCACAGCUCUAGCUAUUUGAUCUCUCUGAACCUCAGUUUCCUGAUCUGCACCAUGGGAAGAAUAAUACCUAUUUGAGAGAGACAGUGUGAGGAUUAAAUGGGAUAAUGUAUGUAAAGGGACUAGCACAGGACCUAGCAUCUGGAAUGAACUCCAUAAAUGGUAACUCUUAUUACCUCUUAAAAACUCACGGCAAAUUGUUUGGAAUAUGGGGACAGCUGUGUUGAUAAUAAUCGGGGUGGUUGUAGUGCCCUACAGUCAGUUCUCCAGCCAAAAUGCUGGGUGUUUUCGUAGGAAGAGAUCAUGCUUGCCUAUCUGAAAAUCCAACCCAGGUCCAGAAAAAGAGUUAAUUAAUAGGAUUGAUCAUAAUCAGAAAGCAGAAUGAAAUGGUGGGGAGCACUGGAUUUGGAACCAAACAAUCUGAAUUUGAGGUCCAGCCCUGUCCCUUAGUAGCUUUAUGACUUUGGGCAUAAUUUCUCCAAACCUCAGUUUUCCCUCCAUAAAAUGAGAUUAAUUCCUACCUCACAGGAGAAGUGUGAGGUUUAAAUAAGUGUAACUUCAAAAGUGCUUUAUAGACACUGUACGUACACAUAGUAGCCACAGUCACUUAUUUGGCCAUGAACUGAUCCAGGCCUGUCCGAGGUCCAAGUGUUUAGAAUUUCCUGGACAUGGUUCCUGAGUUACUAGAUAGCUCCAGUUCCAAAGGAUCCAGCCUAAUUUACACAAAUGUACAAGGAAGGAGCAGGCGUCCAAACCUCAGGUCAGAGCCUAAUGGACAGGCUGGAUGUGCGAUUAUCUCUCACAGGUGUCUGAGACAGGGAUAAGAGCAAAGGGGAGUGUGGAAGGCAAAGCAGGUGAGUCCCGGCCCCAGGUCUGAAUGGAAGAUGAGCUCCUUAGAGGUAAAGCUUGUGAAAAUAGCUGCAGACAGUGAAGAAAGGGCGACUUUUUGUGGCUUGGUGUCUAGACUAGAACAUUGCCUGAAAUAUGGGAGCAAGGGGAGCAAUUGCUCAUAAAUUUCCUGUUUCAGCUAAUUGUUCCAAGUAAACGUGAGCAAAGGCUUUGAAAGCACAAGCAGUUUGGAUUGCAUGAAUCAUUCAAAUGUCCGUGUCUGGGCCUCUUCUCCGGAGCCUCCUCUGUAGCAGUUCCCAGAGCCACGGUGCAUGGAUAGGCACCUGCAGCACCUGGGCAGCUUUGGGAUGGCUGACCAAGGGAGAAAGGCCUUCCGCCUGCAGGCCACUUCUACUUUCUGGAUAUGACAGUCCCACCCUCUCCACGGGCACAGAGGGCCCCUAUUAUUUUUCCUGCUUCUGAUACCUUUAAAUAAAAAUGGAUAGCCUGUGGACUAUAAGAGAGCUUUUUUAAAAAUCUAAUUCUCUUUGUAACUCCCUUUUCCUCUGUAUUUCCUUCCCAGAUUCUUUAUUAAAGUGGAGCUGCUAUUCAAGUCAGUACAUUUUUUGAAAGUCAAAUCAAGUAAAUAAUUUUUUUUCUAGAGCAGUUGUCCACAGUCAUUUUAUGAGGAAUAUGCUUUCGGAAUUUUGUGCUUUUCCCCAAAGUCUUAAAAGGUGGGUUUUAACAGGUAUAGCCGGUAUGGGAAUCCCAGAAAGCUGUAGAGAAGAGGGUGUGGUGAGGCUGAGAAGGGGAGAAAGGAACGCUAUGGAACAUCUGCCACGUGCCAGACUUUUUUUUCUAAUUCCCUCUUCACAAUGAGGCCGGGAGGUAGACAUAACUCCCUCUAUUUCACACAGGAGGAAACUGAGACUAGGACAAGCUGGUAACUUGUUAAGAAAAGACCAUAUGAUAAUGUGAUCCCAUAAUAAUAAAUAAUAAAGCUAGAAUUUGAGUCCAGAUCUGACUCCAAAAUACAUUCUUUCCUUUAUAUUGCUGCUCCAGUUAUCUCUUGCUGCUUUAACAAACUGCUCCAAAUCUUAGCGGCUUAAAACAACAAUCAUUUUGUUAUAUCUCAGGAAUUCGGGCAGGGUGUGGUUGUGUGAUUCUUCUGUUUCACGUGGCAUCCACAGAGGGCACUCGUUGGUGUUCAGGUGGACCCGCUGUUCUGGAGAGUCCAAGACAGUGUUAUUCACAUCCCUGGCACCUUGGCAGGGAUGACUGAAAGGCUGGGCCCAGCUGUGAGUAUUGACCAGAAUGCCUACAAGUCACAUGUGACUUCAGCACGACGGACAGAGCAGUGGGACUUUUUUACACAGCAGCUCAGGACUCCCAGAAAGAGUGUUCACAGAGAUGCAGACAGAAGCCAUAGGUUUCCCAAGACUCAGCCUCAAAGGUUCUAGAAUAUUACUUCUGCCACCUUCUAUUGGUCAAGCAUAGACUCCACCUCUCAUGGGAGGAGUAGCAAAAAAUUUGAAGCCAUAACUAGAAAUACACUGUUUAAAAAUCUACCAAGGACUAAAUAAUUUCCAGUACAGAAAUUGGCAGGAGAAAAAUGCAGCCCAGACACUGAGCUGCUUACUUUGGAAAACAAGGGCUGGACAGACUAGCUCUCUUUGUCCUGGCUCUCUAUUUUCCCAUCUUUCAGAAUGAGGAAAUCCAGAGGCCUCUGAUGGUAGCUGGAGGGAGGAAAAGAUAUUCUUCUCUCUUCCUCAGCCAAGCACACACAUGCACACACACACAGUUGAAGAAUGCUCACUUCUUUCUCUGCUCUGAGCUCAAGUGACAUGCGCUAGGAGGUGCAGAGUCCCAGGAUGAUCGGGACUAUCCCCUGGCACACCGUAGCUGCAGGCUCCACCCUGUGUCUCAGGACUCACACCUUUGCACUCAUCAGGCAAGAGACACGUACCCCAGGCCUCUAUGCUCCUGCCCAUCCUCGUUCAUUUUCCCUUCCCAGGCCCAAGUCCCUGUAAGCCCAUCGCCUCUGCCUCACCCUCUG